UUUUGAUUUUUAUUCCUUUUUUUAUAUAAUGACAAAAAAAUGUAGGCCACAGAUACUGGGUACGGCGAUGAGCCAAUUAUAACUGAUACAGGCGCUUUAGAAACAUGCUACGACUACGACAUCCAAAAUGUACAUGUAGGAGUACAUAUUAUUAUCAACGGUGAAUUCCAUAAUUCAUUCACUAGCACGUAGUACGAGGACGCAGAGCAGCGGGCAAGGCCAAGGGACAGCAGGCUCGAUAAAUUACCCAGCUCUCCUUCUCGUCCUUGGGAAGAAUCCAAGGCUUUUUUCCUGCCCGCCCCCCGCCUUGGUUCCGUUCCAGGCAACAGCACACACGCGGCCGGCCGGCCGCCCGGGGAGCCUAUAGCUAGCUAGGUUAAGGUUGGGAGAGCAUGGGCGGCGACGGGGCGGACGCGCACGGCGCGUCGGCGCAGCUGGAGAGCGUCCUGACGUCGUCGUCGUCGUCGUUCCCGUGGGCCGCGGCCGCCAUCGAGCUGCGGCUGCUGACGCGGCUGGCGGCGCCGGCGGUGGUGACGUACAUGAUCAACUACCUCAUGUCCAUGUCGACGCAGAUCUUCUCGGGCCACCUCGGCAACCUGGAGCUCGCCGCCGCCUCCCUCGGCAACACCGGCGUCCAGAUCUUCGCCUACGGCCUUAUGCUGGGCAUGGGCAGCGCGGUGGAGACACUGUGCGGGCAGGCCUAUGGCGCCCACAAGUACGAGAUGCUGGGCAUCUACCUGCAACGCUCGGCCGUGCUCCUGUGCGCCACGGGAGUUCCACUGGCCGUCAUCUAUGCCUUCUCCGAGCCGAUCCUGGUCUUUCUAGGGCAGUCGCCGGAGAUCGCCCGCGCCGCAGCCAUCUUCGUGUACGGUCUCAUCCCGCAGAUCUUCGCGUACGCCAUCAACUUCCCGAUCCAGAAGUUCAUGCAGGCGCAGAGCAUCGUGCUCCCGAGCGCCUACAUCUCCACCGCAACCCUGGCGCUGCACGUGCUGCUCAGCUGGGUCGUCGUCUACAAGGUCGGUCUGGGCUUACUGGGGGCUUCCCUGCUGCUCAGCCUCAGCUGGUGGCUCAUCGUCGCCGCGCAGUUCGCGUACAUCGUGGUGAGCCCCAGGUGCCGCCACACCUGGACCGGCUUCAGCUUCCAGGCCUUCUCGGGCCUGUGGGGCUUCCUCAAGCUCUCCGCCGCGUCCGCGGUCAUGCUCUGUCUCGAGGCCUGGUACUACCAGGUCCUGGUGCUCAUUGCCGGGUUGCUCCCCAACCCUGAACUUGCAUUGGAUGCGUUGUCUGUAUGCAUGACUAUUAAUGGGUUGGUGUUCAUGAUCUCAGUAGGGUUCAAUGCUGCUGCCAGCGUGAGAGUGAGCAAUGAGCUCGGUGCCGGCCACCCGAAAUCUGCCUACUUCUCGGUGUGGGUAGUGACUGCGAUCUCUACGAUAAUAUCUAUCAUGCUUGCCAUUGUGAUCCUCUGCCUCCGCAACUACAUCAGCUACAUCUUCACGGAGGGUGAGGUGGUGUCAAACGCGGUGGCGGAUCUCUGCCCGUUGCUUGCCAUCACGCUCAUCCUCAACGGCAUCCAACCAGUUCUGUCAGGUGUCGCCGUUGGGUGUGGGUGGCAAGAAUUCGUAGCCUACGUGAACAUUGGCUGCUACUACAUAGUUGGUGUUCCCCUCGGCGCCAUCCUCGGGUUUGUCUUCAAGUUCGGUGUAAAGGGCAUUUGGAGUGGCAUGAUUGGAGGAACUUUCAUGCAGACGGCUAUCUUACUGUGGGCCACCUUGAGAACUGAUUGGAACAAAGAGGUAGAGGAAGCACAGAAAAGGCUACACAAAUGGGAGGAUCAGAAGACGACGACGACGGAGCCCCUCCUUGCGGGGGUCGUCGGCAAUGGCAAUGCCAAUUAGUUUACUGGAUGGACAUCAUUCUCCCAGACGGCUUCACCAGCGUCACCGUCAGGAUAUGGACCCGGCCUGCAAAGUGUUUCUCCGGAGUGUUUAGGUUUUCUUUCCCGUAUCAAAAUUUGCGAAACAGAGAAGGAAGGUUUUUUUUUGGAAACAGAACUGACGUCUAUCUUUUGAGUUAAAGAAUUCGGAGCAUACAUGUGGAUUUUUUUGAAAGGAGAUUUUACUCAGCUUUUAAGAAAGCAA